CGCGGUGCUUUCGUAACUGAACUCGAGCUCAACAUGGCGGCUUCCGUCAAGACACUUGCCCUUAGAACUCUAUGUGCAUCUACGCGAAAUAUUCAGCAUGUUUCAAGAGGUCGAGUCAAACAUUCAUGUUGUCCCGCUUGGGUGACAGUACGUCGCGGCUACAGCGAUGGGACAGAAGGGAAAAACACGCACUUUGGUUUCGAAACUGUGCCAGAGGAGGAGAAAGCAGAGAGAGUCUAUAAGGUGUUUGAAAGUGUGGCGGAAAAGUAUGACGUAAUGAAUGAUGCCAUGAGUUUAGGAAUACACCGCCUCUGGAAAGACACGCUCUUGCACGUCAUGAACCCUCAACCUGGACUGCGUCUACUGGACACAGCUGGUGGCACUGGUGACAUCUCCUUCCGCUUCCUGGAAUACACAAGAUCGAUGCAUGAACGGCAACAGCGUCAGAAAGCACGGUCCAGUCAAACGCCAUCGUGGAGAGACAUCGCUGAUAAUUAUGCAUCUAACCAGACAGAUCUUCCGCAGUCCCGGGCGGUCGUGUGUGACAUCAACAAAGAAAUGCUUAAAGUUGGUAAACAGAGGGCAGAGAAAGCGGGAAUCAGUACAGGUCUUUCGUGGGUCGUGGGUGACGCAGAAGAACUCCCGUUCGAUGAUGACCAGUUUGACAUAUACACUAUUGCAUUUGGCAUCAGAAACGUCACUCACAUAGAGCAAGCGUUGCAGGAAGCUGUGCGCGUCCUUAAACCAGGCGGACGGUUCUUGUGUCUUGAAUUCAGCAAAGUGUCUAACCCUGUGCUUGCAAGGCUGUAUGAUGCAUAUAGUUUUCAGAUGAUCCCUGUGUUGGGGGAAGUGAUCGCAGGAGACUGGAAAUCAUAUCAGUAUCUGGUGGAAAGCAUCCGGAAAUUUCCAGACCAGGAAACCUUCAAGGAAAUGAUCGAGGAUGCUGGCCUCUUUUGUGUCAAGUACUUCAACUUGACAGGAGGAGUUGUUUCUAUUCAUUCAGGGUUCAAGCUCUGAGUGUCACAUCACCUGUGUGGUCGGGCACAUAGUAGCCUUUAAGUAAACUCUGACAAGAGAUUAAGGAUUUUGGACAUUUCAAAAGAGAGCAUCUGAUGAAACCGUAUGGACGGUGUACAAUCCAGUUUCAUGUGAUUGUUCUGUGCCUGUUUGGGGACACUUUUCACCAUGUGAUGUGGAAAAGAAAGCCAUCGACAUGUUCCUUAAAGUGUUGUGGGUUUGAUUAAGAAUGUGUUACUCAAUAACAGCUUAAUUUGUUGGACUGCAGUUCAAAUGUGUUUUCAUUUAAAGAAGCUGGACGGACGGUGUGUUUGAUUUGUGGUACUGAAGCAGCACACAUUGAUUUAAUAGGCUGAAUUUGUCAAUCCCAUUACUGCAAGUUUAAUGCUGAUAAUGAAAAUUGAAUUUACAUUGAGCCAUCGGUUCCCGAUUUAUCCCAAAGAUGUCUUAGUUCCUACACUGUUAUAUCCUCGUAUUGUAUGUUUUCAUGUAGACAUACUGUGAAUCUUUCUAUGUACCUUUCUCUGGACACAGAAAAACUACAGCCACAUGUGGCAUACAAAAUAAAGUAAUAUAUUAAUAUGAAAAAAACCCUGCAAAAUGUUCAACUUUGUGAAAACUUGUUUGAUUGUGUUGUCCUACAAAGUGAAUGAAAAAUUGAAAAAAGAAUCGCUUGUAGUGUGCGUGAAGUGAUUUGCUUACCUUUGCAUGUUUCGUUACCUUAGGGGUGGUUUCCUGGACAGGUUUUAAGUCGAGUCCCGGACUAACUGAAACGUUAGAAGUGGCUUGAUGUAACCAAUUUACACUGACAUAUGUGCUAUUAUCUGCUCAUAACGUUAACAAAGGUACAGAAUGAUGAAAUGCUUGUAAGUCAAUUUUCCAAAAAUAAGUCAUUCUAUAAAUGCAGGUAUAUCACAUGUCUGUGGCUCUGUUGUGUAUGUCUUUAAUAUAUUUUCAUCAUUUCAUUCAGAUAAAGCGUUAUUCGCACAUUUGUUAAAAAUGACUUUGUUCAAAAGCUUCAAAUCCACAAAAACCUUUCAUUCAAGAAUAGGGUACACAUCUGUCCAUCUGUUGCUCUAACUACAUUCUGUUGGAGGUCAUUUUUGUGAAUACAAAGUUGUGCUUUCAAGUUGACUGCAUAAUAAAGACAUUUAAGCUUUUAUUGUAACC